AUGGAGCAGGUUUGCACCGCCUGGCAGUGCCUCGGUCUCAUCAACAGCCACAGGAACAUGCACGGGAAUGUCCCACGUCCGGCGCCGUCGGCUCCUCCCAGGUGGAACAACCCCCGCCAGCCCGGCUACACCAGGAGAGGAGCCUUUUCCACCAGGUUCCCCCAGCAGCCUCCCAGGAAUUUCCACCCGAGCCAGACUCACUCCUGGAGGAAAAAAUACUCCCUGGACAACCGGCUGCCGGGAUCGGGCUACGACGUUGGAAGUGCUUCCAGCACUUCCCAAGGUUUUGGGAGCCUUGGGGACAGCCAGACUCCUGAGGCACCGGGAUCGUCCCCGGAGAGGCACGUGGAUUUCACCACGGAUGGGAACAUCGUUGUGGAUAUCCAGGUGCCACAGAGGGCUGGCCAGGAAAACGUGGGUCCUUACGGCGAGUUUUCCAGGCGGGAAGUGGCAGUGGCUCCUUCGGCGGAUGGGAAUAUCCAGAAAUCUCUUCUCCAGGAAGAGGAGAGAAGACCUUCCCUAUCCAUUUCCUUCAGUUCCACGUCCAGGACUGUUUGCCUGCCCGGCAUCGGAACCGGGAGCUCCUUUUCCGCCUCUGGAAGCACCAGUGAAAGCGCCGUGGCGCUGAAGUCGGAGCCACAAAAUCCUUUGGAAUUUCCAGGUCGGGAGCCAGCCCAGCACUCGGUACGGAUCAAGGCAGAACCACUCUCUCCACGGCAGCCAAGCGGUGAGGAAGUCCGGGAUGCUUCCCUACAUCCCAAACUCUUUGGGAAUGCCGAGAUGCUCUCUCGACCUGCUCAGGCCGGGGUGACUCUGGUGAAGAGCAGAUUUCCCGUAAUUCCCAAAGCUCCCACUCUCCAAAAAGCUGCCUCGGCACCCGUCUCCAGCAAAUCUCAGAAAUUCAGGAAAAACAACUACACCUGGGUGGCAAACCCUGGGAAAAGCUCACGGAUUGUGAAGAGGUGGGCAAGCCCUCGAGCCGAAAAUUCCAAGAAGGGCGCUGGGGGAGCGGACAAAGGUGCUAAAAUCUCCCCCAAGGCGGAUUUGGGAACGAAGAUAAAGAAAUUGGGAUUGCAAUCCAAGCUGGGGGUUUCUCCCAGUAAAUACAAGUGGAAAGCCUCCAGCUUGCAGACUUUGCCUUCCACUUCCAAGUCAGCAUUCCAGUGGAGAUCUGAGGACCAGAAGAAGACUCCAGCCCUGAACGUCUCUCGAACUGUCUCUGUCCCACCGGCUCCCUGCGUGGCACCCGUUGUUCCCGGUGGGAUGAAAUCCUUUGGAGAGGCUGCCCUGUCCAGUUACAAAGUGAAGAGUCAGACAAAAAUCAUCAAGAGGAAAGGGAAUGUGGGUUCCCCCACGGAUAAGAAGAACAUCUCCCCCACCACAGCUCUGAAGAGCCGCUUCCACCUCCGGAGGAGGAAUUCCACGCGGGGAAAACCUUCGGUGACGGCGAAACGCUCCUCGCCCCGGGGCCUGGUGCAGAUUUCCAAGCACCGGCUCUGCCGGAUGCCGGCGACCAGGACACAGGUGGCCGCCAAGGAAGGAUCCAACUUCCACUUGGUAAGGAGCCCCCCAGCCAACAAAGUGAUAAAGACGCGCUACAGGAUCGUGAAGAAGAAUGUGGUGUCUCCAGCCUUAUCAUCCUUCACCGGCCCCAUUCCCACCUGGAAAACCAGGCGCCCUGUGACAUCCAGAUCCCCAUUGUUAAACCAAACCCGACUCUCGCUCCAAGGUGGCAAAUCCCAGCUCGUCCAACAGCGCUGGAGGAACAAGGGUUUCCGCUGCAUCGGUGGGGUCAUGUACCGGGUGUCGGCCAACAAACUCUCCAAAACUUCCAGCAGCCCUGUCCGGGCCAGGGACCUGAGCACCAAAACUCCCAUCAGAGCAGCACUGAGAUUGCACUCCACACCCAGUCCUGGGGUCUUUCCACCCAGCCUGAGCAGAUCCUCAACGUGCCGCUACAUUGCCAGCCGUGCUGUGCAGAGGAGCUUGGCCAUCAUCCGUCAAGCCAAGCAGAAGAAGAAAAAGAAGGAAUAUUGUAUGUACUACAACCGCUUCGGGAAGUGCAAUCGGGGCGAGAGCUGCCCCUACAUCCAUGAUCCAGAGAAAGUGGCCGUCUGCACCAGGUUUCUCCGUGGCACGUGCAAGAAGACGGAUGGGACCUGUCCGUUUUCCCACAAGGUGUCCAAGGACAAGAUGCCGGUGUGUUCCUACUACUUGAAAGGGAUCUGCAGCAACAGCAAUUGCCCCUACAGCCAUGUCUACGUGUCCAGGAAGGCAGAAGUGUGCCAAGAUUUCCUCAAAGGAUAUUGUCCCAUGGGAGAAAAGUGCAAGAAGAAGCACACGCUGGUUUGUCCCGACUUUGCCAAGAAAGGCGUCUGCCCCAAGGGUGCCCGGUGCAAACUCCUGCACCCCCAGAAGAGGCGUCACCCACAGCAGGUUGGAGGUGAUGGAGACCACAACAACCCCCCUUCCAAGUGGAGACGGAUCCAGGAGGCAUCAGGCAGGAAUGAUCCAGCUCAGCUCCAGGAUGAUGGGGAAAUUCCCGGACCCUCGAGUGCAGAGCAAGAGGUGAAGUUUUGGAAAGAGGAGGACCCCAAGCCAAGCAGCUGCCUGCAAAAGCUGCCAUCCUUCAUCUCCCUCCGAUCCCCGGAAUCUCCUGGUUCCCAGGCCUGCAAAGAAGAGAGGGAUGAGGAUGAGCCAGAGGAUGAACUAGGCCACACCAAAAGGAGAAUAUUCCCAAGGGCAUCCCUGCAGGAUUCCGAGAACUCCCUUGUGGGUGGCAGAGGGAAACGGCUGCAGAUCAAGCCCCGGCUCUGAGUCCAUCCCAAUCCCGUGGCAGCCGACCAGCUCAGGAACUGGAGAGCCAGGGAACGACCUGGCACCUACCUCAGGAUGCCAUGUCCAGACAUGGCACCCCCCUCCUCCUCCUCCUCCUGUUUUUCCGGGAUGUCCCUCGGACACGGAGUCGUGUGGCAGCGCGGGAGUGCACCGCUCGUUCCUGCAGGGAGGCAGCUUUGUUUGGAAUCUUUAACUUGACCAAUAAACGACCUUUUCAGCUGGUUUGCUGAAGGCAAGUC